CUAAAGGAAAGAGAGACAGGUCUCAUUUUGAGGCUUCCAGAAGGUCGCUGCUUCUCAAUGUUGAUGAUGCUUGUAAGCCACAGUUAUCGAUGGUCCCUUUCAACGAACCAUCUUUGCUUCGUCCAGCAGCUGGUAUGGAUGUCGCAAAUUUUGAGAGGGAAGAAUCGGUUAAACAUUACGUUUCAAAAUCAAGAUUGUCAGACUGUGAAGGUGGCUACUCCUUCUCUUUUGUAAUCUUCGCCAUUAUUCUACAACUCGAAAUUGUAUUUGUGCCGCUUGGAGCAACUUUCUUCGAUAAAAGUAAAGUUGGAUUUCCUUUGGUAAAUGGUAACCAUAUCCAGCAUCAUAACUGGAAGCGCAGCAUUGAUGCGUUAACCAGGACCCAACAGAGGAGAAGCAGCGACUACAGAAGCAGCAGCAGUAGUUUAGCUAGUAUUAGUAUCUUAAAUACUACGUUGUUAGGGAAUGAAAUCACGUUCGAUAAAUGGAAACACACAGAAGGCGUAUCAGACGAUGAACCUGAGCAGUAUCACAGCAGACAAUUCGUGUUGUUUACUUUCAUCGUUAUUCACAACAGUCAGAUCGAAACGUUCACGGCAGAAUCGGCUCAAACAUAUGUGAUCGAACUGCAGCCUCAGGACGAAUUGACUGUUACAUGUCGGGCUAGUUUACUUGGAUUGGGCGAAGAUAUGGAUGUCAUGUGGUGGAAAGAUAAUGAAUUCAUAAUUACAACUAAUUCAUCAGUUUUGAUACUGAAUGGCCAAAAUUUGGGAUUAUAUCGAUGUGUAGCUGAUGUGGCAAUUGUAUCUACUGAUCUUCUGGACAAUUAUCUUUUAAGUAAUCGGAUAAAACGUUCAGCAGAAUUACCUCCAGGAAAAGUGCUGAGUAACGCGCUUAUUGUGAAGCGUGCCAUACCAAUUCGUUUUACCAUUCAUCCAAAAAACUUAACAGUAGCAAGUGGCUCGGUUUUUCGAUUAGAAUGUGUAACGAGUGGUUCACAUUCUGACCAAAUUAUUUGGUAUCAAAAUGACACGGAAAUUCUAGUUGAGGCGAAGAGAGUUGAUAAUGUUCAUAUAUAUACUGCUGAGCAUCAAUCAGUAUUGCAUUUGAUGGGAGCAGAUCUGAACGACAGUGGCCAUUAUCGUUGCCGUAGUGGAAGUAUAUUUAGUGACAUAGCGGUCAUAAAUGUCACUUUUAGCGAAGCUGAACAUCCAGCUAAAAGUUCGAUGAUGUUAACGGACCUUCCGUCAGAAUUGUUAGUUCCGAUCGGUGAAAGUGUUAUACUGGAAUGCCUUCUAGAUGAUCCAUAUUCAGCUUCAUCUUGGCAUGUCGUAAAUGAAUAUGGACAACCUAUACAGAGUAUGUUCUGCUCGAUCUGUUAUGUUUGA